AUGGUCCUCAAUACACCGAUUAGACCUCUUCAGGGGCCCGUGGCCAUGAGUGAGCUGGGCACACCGAAGGCCAGCGAAGGCACCGUCUCUCGCCUGCUCAAUGUGGUGGAAAGUGAGCUUCAGGCCGGGAGGGAGAAAGGUGACCCCACAGAGAAGCAACUUCAGAUCAUCCUGGAGGAUGCACCCCUGUGGCAGAGAUUCAAGGAAGUCACUAAUGAAAUGAUCGUGACCAAGAAUGGCAGACGGAUGUUCCCUGUCCUGAAAAUUAGUGUCACAGGGCUGGACCCCAAUGCCAUGUACUCCCUCCUGUUGGACUUUGUCCCUACGGACAGUCACCGCUGGAAGUAUGUCAAUGGGGAGUGGGUGCCCGCGGGCAAACCAGAGGUCUCCAGCCACAGCUGCGUCUACAUCCACCCCGAUUCCCCCAACUUUGGGGCCCACUGGAUGAAGGCUCCCAUCUCCUUCAGCAAAGUGAAGCUGACCAACAAGCUGAAUGGAGGUGGGCAGAUAAUGCUGAAUUCUCUGCAUAAGUAUGAACCCCAGGUUCACAUAGUGCGCGUUGGAGGUGCCCACCGCAUGGUAAUGAACUGCUCCUUCCCUGAAACCCAGUUCAUAGCUGUGACUGCCUAUCAGAACGAGGAGAUCACAGCUCUCAAAAUCAAAUACAACCCUUUUGCCAAGGCCUUCUUGGAUGCCAAGGAAAGAAAUCACCUAAAAGACAUUCCGGAGACUGUCUCUGAGGGCCAGCAUGUGGCCUAUUCUCACUUGGGAGGCUGGUUCUUCUCCAACCCGGAUGGUGUGUGCACAGCAGGAAACAGCAGCUACCAGUACGCAGCUCCUCUGCCUCUACCUGCUCCACACACGCACCACGGCUGCGAGCACUACUCUGGCCUCCGAGGACGCCGGCAGGUGCCCUACCCCCCAGCCUAUGUGCACAGGAGCCAUUCCCCCUCAGUAAACUUGAUAGAAAAUUCAAGCAGUAAUCUGCAAGUCUUCUCAGGACCUGACAGCUGGAAUUCCUUGUCCUCCACUCCCCAUGCCAGCAUCCUGUCUGUACCCCACACCAACGGACCAAUCAAUCCAGGGCCCAGCCCCUACCCGUGUCUGUGGACCAUCAGCAAUGGAGGUGGAGGUCCUGCAGGAUCGGCCCCUGAGAUGCAUGCCAGCGGCCCUGGGGCAUUUCUCCUUGGAAACCCAGCUGUGACUUCGCCCCCCUCAGCGCAGACAUCUGCUUCGGCAGCUGUGGAGGUCCUGGGAGAGCCCGCACUCACCAGCAUUGCAGUGUCCACCUGGACAGCAGUGGCCUCGCAUCCCUUCCCAGGCUGGGGUGGUCCAGGAGGGAGUGGGCGCCAUUCUCCCUCCCAUUUGGAUAGCUAGGAAGGAUCUGAGCAGUCUCUGUUGGAAGAGGACUCUGGAUAUGUGCAGUGCUGAAAAUCCCAUCUGCUGAUUCUUGGGCCUCCAGGGUCAGCUUAUCCUGGAAGUCCUUCUGGGGAUAGGUUAAUGUGGAGGAUGCUAAUCAUGCCACUCACAUCUCCCUGCCACUUUCCUUUGCAUUUCCAUUGUCUCUGGGAUUGACCUUGCCACUGUUAGGUGAUGAAACUCCACCAAGUCACUUCUUGGGUCCCUGCCCCUUACCUGCAAGUGGUUGUGGAAAGCCUCCCUUCCUUUUCUCUGCAUGUGAUGGCCACGAGCUCAGAGUUCACUCAGCAAGGCCACUGCCUCCUGCUUUGCGCAGCCCUGGAAAAUAUUUGUAGCUGCAGAGCCUGGGCUGGCUUAUGCUCUGGGACCAAGACAGAGGUGAGCCUGGAAAGUGGAUGAAAUGAUACAACUGAUCAUGUGCUACGGCAGUGUGUCUGGAAUUGAGGGGAUGAGACCACCUCACUCCCCUGCUCAGACACCUUCAGUAGCUCCCCACUGCCUUCUGAUCUCCUUCCUUUAAAGAGAUUCUUGCUCCCACCCUUUCCCAGGUUCAGCUCCCUCUGUCAACCUUUCCUUCCUGUUCCCCUCAAAGCAUUCGUAUUAACUGCCCUUCCCCUUCUGGAUGCCUCUCCCAGUCUCUGGAAUGUCUCUCUCUCUCCCCAGUUCACCGGUGUGGCUCUACCCACCCCCAGCGUCCUGCGGGAACAAUGCUUGUGAAUCCUCUGGUGAAACUCACCUUUCCUCAAUGCCUGUUCUCCCUGUGUAUUUGCCUUGCCACAGAGCUCACCUCCUUCUGUUUUGCAUUUUUGUUACCCAUAAGGUUUUCUCUCUCCACUAGACUAUAAGCCUCUCAAGCAGGAGGCCUUGCCUUCCCAUUUCUGUGCCCCUCAGCACUCUGCACUGUGCCUUGCCUGUUGUACAUGCCCAAUAAAUGUUU